AUGCUCAGAACUCACUCUUUCUUGAGUUCUUGGGUCCAGGAAAGAAGAAUGAAGUGGCUUGGGAUCCUCAGGCUGGUGGCCCUCUCAGAGUGCCUAGUCAUAAUCCCUCUAACGAAGAUCAAGACCAUGCGUGAAACCUUCAGAGAAAAAAACCUGCAGACAAAUUUCCUGGAGGAGAACACGAACAGCAGCUCCCAGAAUGCCAGUGAUGACCCGAAUAUCACUCUUCUACCCCUGAGGAACUGCCUGGAUGUGGUCUAUGUUGGCAACAUCACCAUUGGAACACCCCCUCAGAAGCUCAGGGUCGUAUUUGACACCAGCACAGCUUACACGUGGGUGCACGCCUCUCCGUGCUCCAAUCCCUCCUGCCGUAGACGUAAUCACUUCAACCCUCAUUUGUCCACCACCUUCCAGCUCAUAGGCCAGACCUUCAACAUCAACUAUGGUGCUGGGAAGAUUGUUGGAUUUUUUGGCUUUGACACUGUUCGGGUAAGUGGAAAGCAGAAGAUCAUGAACCUUGUCAACAUGCACCAAGAAUUUGGGUUGUCCGUGAAAGAGACUGGGCUCAGUAGUCCAAUCUCUGAUGGCGUCCUGGGCCUGGGCUUCCCCAGCCUCGCCCCCAAAGGCAUCACCCCUAUCUUGGACAAGCUGAAGACACGAGGCCUCAUUUCUCAUCCGGUCUUUGCCUUCUACUUGAGCACCCGGAAGGUGUAUGGCAGUGUGAUGAUGCUUGGCGGGGUGGACCACAGAUACCACAAAGGAGAGCUCAAGUGGAUACCAGUGUCCCAAACCCACUUCUGGCAGAUAACCAUGACCAACAUCACCAUGAAUGGGAUGACUGUUGCUUGUUUCAACGGAUGCCAGGCUAUUCUGGAUACUGGGACUGUGUUUCUGGCUGGCCCAAUUAAAUAUAUCGGAGUCAUUCAGAAGCUUAUCAGCGCCAUGCCUUAUCAUCAACAGUACCUGGUUCCAUGUGACAACAUUAGAAAACUGCCUAAAAUCAUCUUCACCAUCAAUCACAUUGACUAUCCAGUGCCUGCUGAAGCCUACAUCCAGAGGGGUCCUCAUGGCAUUUGUACCAGCUUGUUUUAUGGGGACACUGAGACCUGGAACCAGCCCGAGACCUGGAUCCUGGGUGAAGUUUUCCUCAGGCUGUAUUUCUCUGUUUACGAUCGGGGAAACAACAGGGUUGGCCUGGCUCCCGCCGUGUAA